AAAAUGUUCAAGGGAUAUGUUGUACUCGCACUGGCUUUUGCCUCAGCCAGGGGACAUUUAGCGUGGCCCGGAGGCGAUUUUCAAGCAGUGCAGGGGCUCUACAUUAAGCCCUCCGGCGAUGGCACUACUGGAGACCUCUACGUAGCAGCCACGGAAGAUAAUGGAGUCAGCUCUCAGUGGUUAACCGACCAGCCAGUCAACUUCCUGGCAGCUGGAUCACAUCCUCAGCCUACCGCUCAUCCUUUAUUUUCAGCACUAUCUAGUAACGCUCUACCACUUGAGGAAUCCACUAGUACUCAAAAGCGCGCCGCUAUAACAGGCGCAGCUGCAAAAUACGCCUACGGUCUACCUGCUGAUGGUUACUCAUCAUACAGCUAUGCCGGUAUUCAGUCUCCUAAGUCUGAAGGAGUUCCGGCGACUGCUACCAAGCCAGAGGCCUCUGCGAUUGCCUCGGGUUCUGCUGUGCCUCAAUAUCCUUACAAUUACUUGUACCCUCAUAUGGUGCAUGCUGCCUACUCUAGCGCUUUAAAGGUCCUAAAAGAUGCUGGUGUGGGUAGCGAGGAUGCUAACAACAAUGCGGUUGCUCCGUACCCGACCUCCUAUUGGCCUGCUUCAUAUUACCCCAUGCAAUACAUAAUGAUGGACCCCACUGCUUGGGCUAAAAAGCACGCAGCAGCUUUAACAACCACAACUGCUGCAACUCCAGUAGACUCGUCAGAUGAAGAAAAUACAAAGCCUGAAUGAAAUCAUUAACAUAGCAUAGUUUAAUAAUUUAUUGACAUUUACUUUAAUAAUUUAUUGUUUCUCUAUAAUUUGAAUAAAAGACGAAAAUAU